AACGGGAGAACUUCAACAAAAAAAAAGAAAAAAAAAUUAUUUCAAAUAACAUUUUUCAAGUUUCAGCAGAAAAUUCAGGAUUCUCAGUUCAGCACCGUUAAAAUGAAUCUUAAUGACAAAAAAUAUCAGCCCCAAUAAGCGAUAGCUUCAUAGCAUAGAGUGAUGGGAUAAUUUCAUUGUGUUUUAUAGAUAAAAUGAGCUUACAAGAUAGAGUAAAACCAAUUCUCAAAUUCAUGAAAAUCUUUAGCUUAUGUAGUGGUAGUGGUUUAUUUGUUGCGUACCACAUACGCCAAACCUGUAAAUCUAUGUCAAGCAUAGUAAACUCAAACGUACUGGACAGAGAAAGAAAACACACUCCGGAAUAUAUUUAUAUCGAUGACCCUUCAUACGGCGCUACAGUUUUAUUAGAGCAGGAUAGAGAGAACAAACAGUCAGUUGGUUUAGCUCGGAUCUGGAAGAGCCUGAAGCAUUCUUUGGCUUGGCGCCUACUCUGGUUGUGCAGACACGGAAAUAAAGAACAAAGGAAUAUAGCUUUAGAACAAUUAGCAGCAUUCAAAAAUAAUAAGAUCUGGGAUUGCUUGAAACUCGCCCAAGCAUUAGACAAAAAUACAGCUGUCCUUUUGGCACGGACACAAGGGGCUGAUCUAAGAUAUUUUCUACCUCCACCAAUUUAUGUACGCCGGGCAGCACUUACUCCAGAAUUAUUCUCAUUCAAACUCAAGGAUAUGAUAUCAACAGUUCAAAUGAUUAAUCCUCAUAGUUGUAUACAACAUUUUCUUUCAAAACAUUUUCUGAAUGUUCAAGAACAAGCCAUGGAAGCAGACAGUGUUCCCACUAAACCACACAGUAUUAGUGAGCGUGAUCUUUGUAUUUUAUGCCUCGAUGCCCUUCAUCAUCAUGUAAGUUUAUUUCAUUGUAAAAACUAUGAAGAAGACAUUUCUGCAAAGGCAUUGAUCUCUACAGGCCUAUUGCCAAAGCUGGCAGAGCUACUGCUGCGAUAUCAAUAUGAUGCAGAUAUAGAUUUAGCUGUCCUUAGAAUUCUUACUGUUUUAAGUGUGCAUUCAAAUUUAUUAUUUGAAUUUUUCCAAUGUGGGCUUAUCAGAGAACUAUCACGCCUUUUAAGAUCUAAUGAUGUUCGUCUUUCCAGUUCUGCUGCCGUUUGCUUAGCAAAUUUAUCUGGAGAGCAUUGUUUUAGACCUGGGUUGUAUCUUUUGCACCCUCUUUACAGAACAACCACUCCUCAUACAUGUGAUACUCUUUUGGUUCAUGGCUUAAGAGGUGGUGUGUUUGUUACUUGGAGACAACGAGACAGAAAAUGUGCAGAGCCAAUUGGUAUUAUAGAUGUUACGAUUUCAGAAGUUGAUUGCGAAUCAUGUGUUAAAGAAACAGAUAUGAGCUCACAGUAUCUAGAUCCAGAGUUUAAGCAAGUUGUGGAGGACAUUAUAGAGAUGGAAGAUGAGGCACUCUUGUCAGAUGUAGAGGUUGUUUUACAUGACAUACCCGUAGAAGAGAAAAGAGGGCCACCAAAUAAAAACAACUACACAACACGGAAGAAGCUUGCUGCAUUGAAAGAAGAAAAUCAUGAUAGAUGCAAUUACACUUAUUGCUGGCCUAAGGAUUGGUUGCCUAAAGAUUGCAAUAAUUUGAGAAUAUUGGGAGUAAAUUAUUGGAGCACAUUAUCAGAAUGGCUGGAACGGUGUCCUUUACAAGCUGCUGACAUAGCCACAAGAGCUGCUGAUAUGGCUCCAGUCCUGAUAGAUGCUGGCGUAGGCAGUAAACCUGUUGUUUGGCUUGCUCACUCAAUGGGUGGGUUAAUUGUAAAACAAAUGCUUGUUGAAGCAUCGCAGAGUAAGGAACCGUUAUUCAAGAAUCUAUCUUCCAACACUAAAGCUAUUGUGUUCUACAGUACACCUCACAAAGGUAGUGCAUUGGCUACAAUGCCACGUGCUGCAGCUGCUGUCUUUUGGCCUUCAAAUGAUGUGAGACAGCUCCAAGAAAAUUCACCUGAAUUGCUGGACCUUCAUAAAUCUUUUAUAACUUAUGCAGAUGUUUUCGGCUGGGAAACAAUAAGUUUUGCUGAAUCAUUGCCUACUCUGGUCACAACAUUUAAAGUUCCUAUACAUUUUGUCGAGUCUAUAUCUGCUGACUUAGGUAGAGGUGUAUUCUAUAGACUACCACUGGAUCACUUGUGUAUUUGUAAACCUGCCACUAGGCAGUCAGUUUUAUAUACAACAGUAUUAGAUAUAUUGCAAAGAGUUGCAAUGCAAGAUACUGAAUUACAGUAUUCAAACUCCAUUGUGCAAUGGUUGAUGGAUUUGUUUCAUCACCUGUUUAAUAAAAAGUCCAAACAAAUAAUAAAAACUUUUGAUGAAUCAAGAAACUUUGAACGUCUUAGAUGGCUUGAAAAAAUUUUAAUUGAGACAUUUACAGAUGGUUUUGCAGAUUAGUUAAGGAUUGUUAAAUAAUGGUUUUACCCAAAGUGGGAAGUAUUCCUUUAUUGUUUUUCUCCAAUGCAAUUCAAUGAUAUUCUUUACUAUCAUUUUUUAUAUUGUGAACUUACAAUAUAAAAUUUCGUUUUGUUUUUUUUUUAUGAUGAUUCACAUUGUUAUAAUAGGAACCCUAGAAAAAAAAAUGUAAUGCAGAUCAUUUUCAUAUGAUUAACUGAAUCCUAAAUGGUGCUCUGAAUCUCUCACUGUUAAAAUAAAAAUAUAUCCAAAAACAAUUGUACCUAUAUGCUUUCAUUUCAUUGAUGUAAGCCUAUAUGAUUCUUAGGUUCACUUGCAGAAAUUUUGCUAAAUCUCAAUUUAACUAAAUUAAGAUUUAGCCUAUACAAUAAUGUCAAAACAUCAAUGUCAAUUUGAGAUUAUUGUUUAGUUUAUAAGUUAAAUUAAGAUGAGCAAAAUUGCUGCAAGUGGAUCAAUGUUAUGUUGUAAAUGUUAAUUAUUGUUAUCAUGCAAUAAUAUUUGUUGUAUAGCCUGUUACUUUCACCAAACUGUACAGUUUGUAAACAUGAGAAAGCAUAAAUCAAUGCUGGCAGUUUCUCUCAAUUUCCAGUAGGGAUAAGUUGACUUUGUACUCAACAUACAUAUGUAUAGGAUACAUAUAAUAUUAUCUGUAUCACACAAAACUAUUUUGAAUAAUGUUUAUAUCACAAGAAAAAUACACUGUGCUUGUAUCAGAA